AUGGAGGGUCCUCAAAUCGAAGAUGGCGCCCAGCCAUAUUCAUCUAUGGCUGGCAAGCUGGAUGCCAAACUUCUUCAGGCUCUCGAUGUGAUGGGCUUCACUUCCAUGACGCCUGUCCAACAGCGUGUUUUAACCGAGCUUCCCAAUUGGCGCAGUGAUUGUCUCGUCCAGGCUAAAACUGGCACUGGAAAAACCCUCGCGUUUCUGCUUCCGGUUCUGCACUGCCUUCUGCAAGGACACGCGCCGCCAAAGGGCCAAGUCGGCAUCUUAAUUAUUACUCCGACAAGAGAACUUGCUCAGCAAAUCGCCAAGUCAUGCGAUCAGCUCACCUCCCAACUCGCCCAGAAACUGGAGUGCCACAUUGCAGUCGGCGGGACUGCUCGCCAGUCGGCUCAUUCUCGCUUCAUGAAGGGAUCGCCGUCCUUGCUGGUGGCAACCCCUGGACGACUCAAGGACUAUCUGUCUGAUGAAUCCACGGCCGAAAAGCUGUCCAACAUCAAAACCCUGAUUCUGGAUGAGGCCGACACUAUGCUCGAGACCGGCUUUAUUGCCGACAUCAAGAAGAUUCUCCAACUUAUCCCUCCCAAGAGCACCGGCUGGCAAGGCAUGUGUUUCUCAGCUACUGUUCCGCCCAAAGUCAAGGAUGUUAUUAGCAUUGUCUUGAAGCAGGGCUACAGUAACAUUUCAACCAUCCAGAAGAACGAAACGCCAACCCACGAGAGAGUGCCUCAGUACCACGUGCUUAUCCCGGGUGUUGCAGAGACCUUCAACGCGUUGGCCGCACUCCUCAACCUCGAAAUCAAGAACAACGCGAAGAUCAUUGUCUUCGGUGUCACCGCGAACAUGGUGGCUCUUUUCGCUCGCGCCUUUUCUCAGGGCCUGACUCCUUUGAAGGUGUUCGAGAUCCACUCCCGGCUCAGCCAGAAUGCUCGCACACGGACAACGACCCAGUUCAAAGAGGCAGAUUCCGGCAUCAUGUUCGCUUCUGAUGUUAUCGGCCGCGGAAUGGAUUUCCCUAAUGUCGACCUCGUCGUUCAGGUCGGUCUACCCCCGAAUGGCGAGCAAUACGUUCACCGUGUCGGUCGUACUGCCCGAGCUGGAAACGACGGUCGCGCCAUCAUUCUUCUCACCCAAGCCGAAUCGUUCUUCAUGAAAGUGAAUCGCCACUUGCCUAUCAAACCCCAUCCUGACACAGACAAAAUCAACGAAGACGCAUCUGCGUGCGCUGACGCUGUGAACAAUGCCAUGUACGAAGUUGAUGAAGAAACCAAGCAGCGCGCCUAUUCUUCUUAUAUCGGUUUCUUUGCUGGCUCGGGUCUUCUGAAGCAGGUCCGUCUCGACAAGCCUGGUCUCGUACAACUCGCAAACGAACUCGCAGUGAAGGGUAUGGCAUGCCCCGAGCCUCCGCCCAUGGACAAGAAGGUCAUUGGCAAGAUGGGUCUGAAGGGUGUUCCUGGCUUCAACUAUUCAAGCGGUGGUGAUCUGAGGGGAGGAAACGCUGCUCGAGCGCGGCCUCGCGAACGUUCCAAGAGCAAACACCGUGAUGCGCUUAGCCCUGGAGCCGGUCGAAGAGAUCAGAGAGGUGGUAUCGAUAAAAACCGUGAAGCUCAGAAUGGGGGUGGUCGUGGAGGUGGCCGCGGCGGCCGCGGCGGCCGUCGCGGGCGUGGCGGUAAGAAGGGACCUGCAUCAUCAUGA